AUGUGCAUGUUCCACGACACGGAGGGUCUCAAACAGAACUCACAGUUGCAUGUGCGAUCAUCGAGAGGCAAGAAUGCCAAGGGCAGCAAGAUUACUGGUAUCAAGACGAUGGUCAUUGAUGACGAAGUUAAGGUUUUGAUCACAUCCAACGACUCAAGAGUACGCAUCUAUAAUCUGCGCGACAAGAGCCUGGAAUCCAAGUUCAAGGGCUACGAAAACACUUGCAGUCAAAUCCACGCCGACUUCAGCGACAACGGACAGUGGAUAGUGUCUGGCAGCGAAGACAAGAGAACGUAUAUCUGGUCUGUGCAUUCCGCAGAAUCGGACAAGGAGAAGCCUUGCGAAUACUUUGACGCGCACUCAGAUCGAGUCUCAACAGCAAUAUUCGCGCCGACAAAAUCGCGCCAGCUCCUUGGUGGCUCGGGGGAUCCUCUAUACGACCUCUGCAACCCUCCCCCGGUCACUCUAAUGAGUCUCGAGGAGUCCAUUGCCAGCCAAGCAGGUAACUCGGAUGACGAAAAGCCUCAGAUCAAGCAGCAGAAGAUCAAAAGACCGGAAGAAUCUCCCGCUUACAUCGAGAAGUCGAAACAUUUUGAUGGGCAAAUUCUUGUCACCACGGACCAAUCUGGGGGCAUCAAGGUCUUCCGCCAGGACUGCGCAUACAUCAAACGCCGCCAUGAGAACUGGGAAACAGGUUCUACAUUCUCCCGCCGCAUGGGAGGAAGCAUUGUUGGACGCAGCGGAAGUGUAGCAACGCGCACAAGUGUCGGUAGCCAAUCGCGCUCACGCCGGGGCUCGGUUUCCCGCUUGGCAGCCCCUGGUGGUGGUGCUCAGCUGAGCUCCGACAUCAAUACUUGGCGACACGGAAUUGAAAGCGUCACGGACGCCAAUUAA